AUGAUUAUGGAAAAUGGUUUUGACAUGUACCUAGUCGCGUUCAAGAAAAGGCAUACGCCGAGUGACUGCCCCUUCUACACUUCGCCAUUCAUUUCGUCCUCACCAUCCAGCGCCGCUCCGCCUCGAUCUUCCUCCUCCUCUACCUCACCAUCAAGCGCUCCUCCUCCUCCUCUUCUCCAUCCACCUCACCACCCAGCCACUUCCCGGCUGCCAAAGGUGGCGCGGGAAAUUCUGGCAGCGUCGGUGUGUGUGUUUGCUGCUGCGGCUGGGGCGGCAGCGGCCUGCUCGUCGGCUCACGGGGGCCGGAGCGGAGUACCGGUGCCGUGGUGGUGGAGCCCCUCCCGGUGGGUGGCUGGGAGUGACGGCGGGCUGCAGGGCUGGCGUGCAGUGGCGGCUCCGUUGCUCGCCAGAUCUGGCGGCCGCCCAGCACGCUCAGGGGCUGGUUGCACCUAUGGCGGAGGCGAGGGAGGAGGUCUGGUGGUGCUGCUCGUCUGCCGGUGGCGGAAGGAUUCUGGGGCGGCUUGGGUGAAAUCACCAAGUUUUCUCUUCCGAUUAUUAGGACUUGGGGUAGGCGUAGGCACUGGACCGGCGGCGAGCGGCGGCAUGGUAAAGGUGCAGCGCGCUAGAGGUGGAAGAUGGGAUUGGAUCGUGGGUCGUGCGGCUAGGGAGCUGCCAUCCUCCCAGCAAGGCUAGGACCGGCGGAGGCCGAGCGGCGGAUUGGUUUGGUUUGUGGUGGUCGUAGACUUGCCAGAGAGGGGCGAGGUGGUGGCCGUCGACUCGCCGGAGAGGGAGGGGGGAGGAGGAGGAGCUGCAGCACGGUCUGUCGGGUGAUGGGGUGCGAUGGUGGCGGUUGAGAGGACAGGAUAAGGAAGGGACAUGCGGCUGGUGUUUUCGCUAGCGAAUCGUUAUUUUGAAAAACUGUCAUGAUGACGGACGACUGAAACCCUAUUCUCGCUUAACACGAUCUAUUGCUAAGGCUUUCCGGUAGAUGAGCUGCCAUUUCAGUUUAACGUGAAGCACAAGUGAUUUUUCA